GAAUAAUAAAAAGAUACUCUAAACCUUAUCCAAACUUGUUCACUUCUCCCAUUAAUCCGCUAAUCAAUCAAAUCUUCUCCGCUCACUCUCUCAUUCACAAUCCGAAAUUCUCUCAAUCAGAGAUUUUUAGGGUUCUUACUGAUUCUGACUAUGGACAGUUGUCUAUCAAACCAAGCGGCGCUACCGUUUCUUCCGUCGCGUUCGAGGAGACAGAGCGGCGAUGGAGGCGGUGGAUUUUUCCUUCCGGCGAUGCGAACGGCCCAGUAUAGAUCGAUGGUCGUCUUUGCGGCGUCGGGGCCGAGCCGGUGCGAGCCUGGAAGCAGCCUUAACGCACCGCUUGAGCCGCGAUCGUCGCAGGGCAGGUUUCUGAGAAGCGUGUUGCUAAACAAGCGGCAGCUCUUUCACUACGCCGCCGCCGAUGAGCUCAAGCAACUUGCCGAUGACCGGGAAGCCGCCUUAGCUCGUAUGUCUCUUAGCUCUGGUUCCGAUGAGGCUUCUCUCCACAGAAGGAUAGCUCAACUCAAGGAACGUUACUGCAAAACUGCAGUCCAAGACAUAAUGUACAUGUUAAUAUUCUAUAAAUACUCUGAGAUAAGAGUCCCUCUUGUGCCAAAGCUAUCGAGAUGCAUCUACAAUGGAAGACUCGAGAUCUGGCCUACGAAAGACUGGGAGCUGGAGUCAAUUCACAGCUGCGAUGCCCUUGAGCUCAUCAAGGAACACGUAAGCGCAGUCAUCGGGCUACGUGUCAAUUCCUGUGUGACUGACAAUUGGGCAACAACACAGAUACAGAAGCUUCAUCUCGGGAAAGUAUACGUUGCCUCGAUCAUGUACGGUUACUUCUUGAAAUCCGCGUCCCUCAGGCACCAGCUCGAGUGUUCCUUUUCGGAUCUCCAUGGAAGCGGAUAUCUGAAAAGUCCAGUCUUUGGUUGUUCUGUAACAACGGGCACUGCACAGAUCUCCACCAAGCAGAAGCUGAGACAUUACAUCUCAGGGUUCGAUCCCGUGACAUUGCAGAGAUGUGCAAAUCCGAGGACAGAGGAAGCAAGGAAUCUGAUAGAGAAGCAAUGUUUGGCCCUUUUUGGCACGGAGGAGAGCGAUGAGACCAUCGUGACAUCGUUUUCGAGUUUGAAGAGGUUGGUUCUCGAGGCUGUGGCGUUUGGGACGUUUCUGUGGGACACGGAGUUGUAUGUAGAUGGUGCAUAUAAGCUCAAGGAGAAUGGAAAUGCAGAAGAACAAGAAAACAAAAGCAUAUGAACCAGCUUGGGUAAAAGAAAAGCUUCAUGAUCCUUUGUUGUAUAUAUAGAGAAAGUUUCUGCCAAAUCUUUCAGGCAAUUCUUUAGUGUUUUGUAUAUAGCUGUUUCUUAAUUAUAGAUGUUUUGACGGCCGAAUAAGAAUUUGGUGGUUAUAAGGAAAUAAGGAAUACGGGUUUAGUUA